AUGACUGUUCGAGGUCUUCUAGCUUCGCACGGACUCGUCACUCGAGGUGGCCUGGUGCGCACGUUCGCCAACGCUGCCAAAAAGCCCGCGGACCGCUUCGCCGAGUUCAUUGCAUCAGGGGAGGGCAAGCGGCCUGCCGAUAAGGACGAGAUCCCCGACCACUCCUCCGCAUAUGGGGAUGACCCGGUGGCCACGGUGGCCGAUGUGCGCGGGGAGGAGAGCCAGCACAAAUCCAAGCGGGCCAAGGUGGGCCUGGAGCGCUGGGGGGGCUUCGCCAGCACAUGGAGCCUGAUGCUGUGA